AUGAAAAAUUUGAAUCAUAAGAACAACCAUUUAGGUAUCCAUUUAUUUCUAACUUUUAGCUAUCAAUGAAACAUAAUUUAUUUAUGGGAAAAAACUAGUCAAGAAUAAUUAUUAUUAUGCAGUUAAAUGGUCAGGAUAAUCUAUUUCCCAUAUGUCUUGGGAGAAAUAAUCUAAUUUCACUGAAGAAUCAUCCUAUUUAAUUAGGUAGUAUAUUUCAAUUAUAAAUUUUUAUAUAGACGCUUCGAAACUAGAAUUUGUUAUUUAUUCUUCAAUAAAAAGAUUUACCCCUCUCAAGAUGGUAUACGAGUUCAUGUUAAAGGCAAAUUUUGUUAAGUUUAUAUUUCUAAGGUGAAUCAAAAAAGUAAAUCUAUUUAAGAUCAUUAAUGGAAAAUAUAAAAUAUUUCAAACAAAUUCAUUUCAACUUAAUCCAUAAUCAAUUAAAACUUAAAAGAUGUUACUCUUAAUACUUAGGAUUCUAAAUUAGAUUCAAAAAGAGUUGUAGUAGAAUUUGCUCAUUUACCUCCUUUUAUUGGAGAUAAAUAGAUCAAAUAGAUGAUUGUUACUUCCUAAUCAAUUACAAAUCUAACUUAGGUUGUUAAGUAGGAAUCAACAAUUUAAAGAGAUAUUAAAUUAUUAAACUAAAUAGAAAAAGCUUAAAAAAUAAUAAAUGAAUAAUAAAAAUAUUCAUAAAUAGAAGUUCAAAAUGAGUAACAAAAAUUGAAUAAUUAAAAAUCCUAGAUCUAAAAUAAUAAUAAAAUAUAUAAAAAAAAUUCAAAGAAGGCAAACUCAAAUGAAUAGAAAAAUACAAUUAAUAAAUUAUAAUAAACAAUAAUUUAGAAUAAAUAAGAAUCAUCUAAAAUCAUAAUGAAAAGAUAAACAUUAGAUUAAGAAAAGAAAUAGAAAUAAUAAUUUCAAUCAUCAAGUGAAAUUAUUUCUAUUGAAAAUGAUAAUGAAUCUUUUUAAUUAGAAUUAUUUAAUUUUGAAGAGAAUUUUGAUAAUAAAUAAGUAAAUCCAAAUAUUUCACAAACGGUUAAUUAAAAUGAUAAUAGAAACAGUUAAUCAAUUUUAGAAAGACCCAAUAAAGAGUUAAAAAAAGAAAAAUGUAGAGCAGUAAAAUCAGGAAAUUUAUUAUCAUUUUAAAAUAUAAAUACUUAAAAAUAAGUAACAUCAAUCAUUACUAGUAAUAAUAAUAAUAAUAAUAAUGAUAAUACUUAUUAAUCAAUUAAUCAUAAAUUGAAUAAUUACCAAAAUAAUUUUAAUGAUAAUUCUAACUUUAAUGACAAUAACAGUGAUAAUGAUAAUAAAAAUAAUCUGAAUAGAUAACAAUUUAUCAACAAAAAUGACAGUAUAAGCUCUAUAAAUCCUUUUACCUUGUAUUAAAAUAAUAACUAUUCUGAAGAAAAGAAAUUUGAAAAAGAUGCCUCUUUAGAUUAAAUUAUAUCCUAAAAACAAAAUGAAAAUGAUAAUUUAGAUUAAAUUAUAUUCAAAGAACCAAAAUAAUAGAUUCAGGUAAAAACAAGUCAGUAAAUUUAAUAAGAAAUCUAAAGACUUCAUUUAGAUAGAAUUGCUUAAAAUAAACCAAGUAGGUGCAGUGUACCUAUAAUACCAAAAAUAAAAGAUGUAGAAAUUUAAGUUUAUUUAAUUGAUAAUAAUUAAUUAGAGAUGAUUCAGUAUGAUUAAGAAUUAAAUUAAAUAAAAAGUCACAAUAUUAUCAUUACAACUAUAUGUUCACAUCAGUUAAUGAAUGAGUAAUUGUUUUUUCAAUGUAAAUACGAUAAUGGAGUAGAAUAUUUUGUUGAAUUCGAUGAGUUGAAAGUCUAUAGCCCUAAAAAACUGUUGGAUUAUAUGAAAUAAAAUUCUAUAUUUAUUUGA